CAGCUUCCCAAAUCCCACCGAAACCCUAGCCUCCUCCGAUUCCCCCUCUCAUCUCUGUUCUCCGAUUCCCAUUCUCCAUUCUCGGCCAACAUGGGUAGCAAGCAAGCUGUUUCCUUACUGACAAACCUUGCCCGCGCCGCCUUUGGCGUCGGAGUGGGUGCGACGGUGAUCAGCUCUUCGAUGUACACCGUCGAUGGCGGCCAACGCGCCGUGAUUUUCGAUCGGGUCCGUGGAGUGAUCGACCAGACCACCGGCGAGGGGACUCAUUUUCUCGUUCCCUGGCUUCAGAAGCCGAUCAUCUUUGAUAUACGCACCAGGCCUCACACUUUCUCCUCUGUCUCGGGAACCAAGGAUUUGCAGAUGGUGAACCUCACUCUCCGGGUGCUCUCCCGCCCUGAGGUCUCUCGCCUCCCCCACAUUUUUAAGAAUCUUGGCCUGGAGUAUGACGACAAGGUUCUCCCUUCCAUCGGAAAUGAGAUUCUGAAAGCUGUUGUCGCCCAGUUCAAUGCCGACCAGCUCCUCACUGAGCGUCCCCAGGUGUCUGCCCUGGUUCGUGAAAGCUUGACUCACAGGGCCAAGGACUUCAACAUUCGAUUGGAUGAUGUUGCCAUAACCCACUUGUCUUAUGGCCCUGAGUUCUCUAAGGCUGUAGAGCAGAAACAGGUGGCACAACAGGAAGCUGAGCGGUCCAAAUUCGUUGUUAUGAAGGCUGAACAGGAGCGCAGGGCUGCUAUUGUCCGGGCUGAGGGUGAGAGUGAGUCUGCAAAGCUGAUUUCAGAUGCUACUGCAGCCGCUGGCACGGGGUUAAUUGAGCUCAGAAGGAUUGAAGCCUCAAAGGAGAUUGCUAACACCUUGGCCAAGAGUCCUAACAUUCAGUACCUCCCUAAAAACAACAAUUUGCUCCUUGGGCUCGGCCGUUGAGUGGACGGGGAUGCUUUACUGCUCACAUUAAGACGGAUAUGGAUGCAAGCUCGUUUCUAUUGCAGCUAGUUUUCAGUUAGUAUGAGAGAACACUCUAUAGACAUUAAUCUGAACAUCUCCUUUGUCUUUCUUUCUGUUCUUCAUUUUGUUGCCAUGUUUGGACCAAUGAAUGUUUUCUCUUAUUUGCCAAGAAAGAGAGCAUGUAGGUGGUGGGUGCUUUAAACAGUUCUUACAAUGACUAUUAAGAACGUGCUCGCUUGAUUCGCCAACCCGUUUUUGUUUUCGAUUUGAGAGCAUAUUGUACUGCUUUAUCAUCAUCUUAUCAAAAUAAUCAGAUGAGAGAAUU